ACCAAACGACAGGGCGCCUCAUUCAUCGGCAUUCUGGACAUCGCCGGCUUCGAGAUCUUUCAACUCAAUUCGUUUGAACAGUUGUGCAUUAAUUACACGAAUGAGAAACUGCAGCAACUCUUCAAUCACACGAUGUUUAUCUUAGAGCAGGAAGAAUACCAACGCGAAGGCAUUGAGUGGAAAUUUAUUGAUUUUGGGCUCGACUUACAGCCAACCAUUGAUUUGAUUGAAAAGCCAAUGGGUAUUUUGGCACUACUCGACGAAGAGUGUUGGUUCCCGAAGGCCACUGACAAGACUUUUGUUGAUAAGCUGAUGAACGCCCACAACCAACACCCGAAGUUCAUUAAAUCCGACUUCCGCGGAACGGCUGACUACAGUAUUCUUCAUUACGCCGGAAAGGUGGACUAUUUGGCCGCUCAAUGGCUUAUGAAAAAUAUGGAUCCGUUAAAUGAGAACGUGGUCUCACUUUUGCAAAACUCUUUGGACUCAUUUGUCGUUCAGAUAUGGAAAGACGCUGAGAUCGUUGGUAUGGGAGUGGCCACUAUGGGUGACACUCAGUUUGGCGCCCGAACUCGAAAGGGAAUGUUCCGAACUGUGAGUCAACUAUAUAAGGAUCAGUUGUCCAAAUUGAUGGUUACUCUGAGGAAUACGAAUCCAAACUUUGUUCGCUGUAUUAUUCCUAAUCACGAGAAAAAAGCGGGCAAAAUAGACGCACCGCUUGUUUUGGAUCAGUUGAGGUGUAAUGGAGUUCUCGAAGGA